UUCCCGGCUGGGCAGGACAACCUAACAGCGGCCUCCGAGGCUGGGCGCAGUCGGCGCAGACUCACUUCUCGAUCCAUUCCUCCGACCGGCGCCAUGUGGCUUUGGCUGGUGCUGCUGGCCGUGCUGCUGCUGGUGGUCCUCCGCAAAGUUUACCUGGGGCUGUUCACAGGCAGUUCCCCGAACCCAUUCUCCGAGGACGUCAAGCGGCCACCCGCGCCCCUGGUGACCGACAAGGAGGCCAGGAAGAAGGUUCUCAGGCAAGCUUUCUCAGCCAGCCGAGUGCCAGAGAAGCUGGAUGUGGUGGUGAUUGGCAGUGGCUUUGGGGGCCUGGCUGCAGCUGCGAUUCUGGCCAAAGCUGGCAAGCGAGUUCUGGUGCUGGAACAACAUACCAAGGCAGGAGGCUGUUGUCAUACCUUUGGACAGAAUGGCCUUGAAUUUGACACAGGAAUCCAUUAUAUUGGGCGCAUGGAGGAGGGCAGCUUUGACCGUUUCAUCUUGGACCAGAUCACUGAGGGGCAGCUGGACUGGGCUCACUUGUCUUCCCCCUUUGACAUCAUGGUACUAGAAGGGCCCAGUGGCCGAAAAGAGUUCCCCAUGUACAGUGGAAAGAAAGCCUACAUUCAGGGCCUCAAGGAGAAGUUUCCCCAGGAAGAGGCUGCCAUUGACAAGUAUAUGAAGCUGGUUAAGGUGGUAUCCAGUGGAGCUGUUCAUGCCGUCUUGUUGAAGAUCCUCCCUUUGCCUGUGGCUCAGCUCCUCAGCAAGUGUGGGCUGCUCACCCGUUUCUCUCCGUUCCUUCGUGCGUCCACCCAGAGCCUGGCUGAGGUCCUGCGGCAGCUGCCUGCCUCCCAGGAGCUCCAGGCAGUGCUCAGCUACAUCUUCCCCACUUACGGCGUAACCCCCAGCCACACCGCCUUUUCCAUGCAUGCUCUGCUGGUUGACCACUACAUAAAAGGGGCCUUUUAUCCCCGAGGGGGUUCCAGUGAAAUCGCCUUCCACACCAUCCCUGUGAUUCAGCGGGCCGGGGGCGCUGUCCUGACGAGGGCCCCUGUGCAGAGUGUGUUGCUGGACUCAGCUGGGAAAGCCUGUGGUGUCAGUGUGAAGAAGGGUCAGGAGCUGGUGAACAUCUAUUGCCCCAUCGUGAUCUCCGACGCAGGACUGUUCAAUACAUAUGAGUACUUAUUGCCAGAGAAGGCCCGCUGUCUGCCAGGUGUGAAGCAGCAGCUGGGGAUGGUGCGGCCCGGCAUGAGCAUACUGUCUGUGUUCAUCUGCCUACGAGGCACCAAGAAGGACUUGGGUCUGCAGUCCACCAACUACUUUGUUUAUUUUGACACAGACAUGGAUAAGGCGAUGGAGCACUUCCUCUCUAUGCCCAGGGAAAAGGCUGCAGCACACCUGCCCUUUCUCUUCAUUGCCUCCUCAACAGCCAAGGACCCAACUUGGGAGGACCGAUUGCCAGACCGGUCUACAUUGAUCAUGCUAGUGCCCACUUCCUAUGAGUGGUUUGAGGAAUGGUGGGAGGAGCCCAAAGGAAAGCGGAGCAGCGACUACGAGACCCUCAAAAACUCCUUUGUUGAAGCCUCCCUGUCAGUUGUCAUGAAGCUGUUCCCACAGCUGGAGGGAAAGGUGGAGAGUGUGAGUGGAGGAUCCCCACUGACCAGUCAGUUCUAUCUGGCUGCUCCCCGGGGUGCCUGCUAUGGGGCAGACCACGACCUGGCCCGCCUGCAACCUCAUGUGAUGGCCUCCUUGAGGGCCCAAAGCCCCAUCCCCAACCUCUACCUGACAGGCCAGGAUAUCUUCACCUGUGGGUUGAUGGGGGCCCUGCAAGGGGCCUUGCUGUGCAGUAGCGCCAUCCUGAAGCGGAACCUGUACUUAGACCUUAAGAAGCUUGGCUCAAGGAUCCAAGCACAGAAGAAGAAGAAUUAGUUUGGUCAGGGAUGAGUCAGAGGAAUUUUGCCAGUGCUGUGGCACAGCCCCUGACUUACCCAUAAUGUCUUUCUGCAUUAUUUCCUUGCUCAAGUAAAGGCACUCUAAUUUGUUUUUGAUUUGUGAAUACAGGUCUGACACACAAGUCUAGCAUAGAUCACAGUUCU